AGAGUCAUAAACUACGAAAUUUAUAUCCACAUGAUUCAGAACAAACUCAGAAGCACAGAAAUUCCAGCAACAAUUGGAAAUUUCUUUUAUUUUGUUUUUUUGUUUUUUUUUUUUCUAACAAAAGUGCUCACGUUACUCGAUUGCUUUCAUUCGUAUACACCGUUCUGCUGCUGCUUUUUCUUCCAAAAUGUUUAUUUAGUCAAUUCAAAUUCCGUAUCUGAUCCUUUCUAAACUCACAAAAUACUUCGAAUGGCGAUGCUGCUGAAAAGGGUCUGGGAGUCUGUCUCAAACCGUUCUUCGAGUUCUUCAGAAAGGCUGGCGAUUGUUGCUCCAUCACCAUCAUCAACGGGCGCGUUUGAACGGAUCCCUCCUGAUAUAUUUCUGCAAAUUCUCAUGUUUCUUGGGCCCAAGGAAGCGGCGAGGCUCAGUGUGGUGUGCAAGUCAUGGAAGUUGCUUGUUUCGGAUAAUCUCUUGUGGGUGUUCUUCCUUCAGAAUCAGCCGGAACCAUGGGAUUCCAUUGUAUUCGCCGAGACCCAUUUGAGAUCGAAGAACCCGCUUCAGACAUUUUCUACUCAGCCAUCUCAGUUUUCUUUCAUGCAUAUCUAUGGACGACGUGCACAACUAACUGGUUCUGUUAUUAUUGAUGGUGGUUCUGGCUAUUGCAAGUUCGGUUGGAGUAAAUAUGCCUGUCCAUCUGGCCGGUCAGCAACGUUUUUGGAAUUUGGGAACAUUGAAUCUCCAAUGUACUCUAGACUCCGACAUUUUUAUGCAACAAUUUUCAGCAGAAUGCAGGUGAAAUCGUCAACUCAGCCAGUUGUUAUCUCCCUGCCAAUCUGCCAUUAUGAUGAUACAGACUCUGCUAAAGCAUCUAGAAAGCAACUGAAAGAAGCUAUUUACUCAGUCCUAUUUGAAAUGAAUGUCCCUGCUGUUUGUGCCAUCAAUCAGGAUCUGGAAACAAGGAAGGUGAUUGGGACUGGCCGUGAGACAAAUGGAAUCUACCUACUUGGAGGAAGUGCUCAUCAGGAGGAUAGUGAAACUAAGAAAUCCUUUGUUUCUCAAUUUGUUGAUCAGGCGGUUUUAGCUUUGUAUGCUGCAAGACGAACAUCAGGAAUUGUUGUCAAUAUUGGUUUCAAUGUCACAUCCAUUGUUCCAAUUUUACAAGGUAAAGUGAGGCGUGAUGUUGGUGUGGAGGUUGUGGGACAGGGAGCUCUAAAGCUUACAGGAUUUCUCAGGGAGAAGAUGAAACAGAAGAAUAUGAACUUUGACUCAUUAUACACAGUUCGCACACUGAAAGAGAAACUAUGCUAUGUUGCUGCUGAUUAUGAGACAGAGCUAUCCAAAGAUACAAACGCUUCAUUUGAAGUUGCGGGUGAAGGUUGGUUUACCCUCUCAGAAGAGCGCUUCCAAACAGGAGAGAUCUUAUUCAAGCCACGAAUGGGAGGACUGCAUACAAUGGGUUUACAUCAGGCUGUAGCACUUUGCAUGGACCAUUGUCAAGCUGCAGAAGCACCAGUUGAUGAUGGGUGGUUCAAGACCAUAGUUUUGGCAGGUGGAACCGCGUGCUUACCAGGACUGCCAGAGAGGUUAGAGAAGGAGUUACAUGGACUUCUUCCCCCAUCCAUGUCCAAUGGAAUCAGAGUUCUUCCCCCUCCAUAUGGUGCAGAUUCUGCAUGGUUUGGGGCGAAGCUUAUCAGUAAUCUCAGCACCUUCCAUGAGGCUUGGUGCUUGACAAAGAAAAAAUUCCGUCAGAAGUCCAGACGUAGCAUCAUAGGCGCAUGGUGACGCAUGUAACUCCUGAAGCUCUACAGUUGGUUGCCGGAUUCGGGGAGGCGGAAGAAGUUUGCCUAAGAAUCUAUAAAUUGCUUUCUAGAUCUUAUACAUCCCAUUUUUUUCUUAAUUUUAUCCAUACAAAUAAUUAGUAUUGCAAACCCUUUGUAGUCAAUAUUGUAAACAAAUACAAUGUAUGCAUUCGCUGUGUUCUGUAAAAUGUUAAUGUACAAUACAGCUUAAAUCUGAGAAAGAUAAAAGAUAUGUGUAAUAACACGUAACAUGUGGCUGAAUAUAGUUUCAUUUUUGGGAUGGAGUCUAAAGGGUUUCAA